CGUUAUAUUCGUUGUCCGUAGAUAACGUUUGUUUUCUUUUGCUUUCAGCUGUGUUUACGUAUUCAGACUGGUUUCGACAUUAGAAAUUUUGCAUUUUACGCCCCCCUCGUUUCUUGGACCCUUAUUAUAGUGUUAUGAAAAAUUAGAACGAGAGAUGAAAGAACAGAGAUUUAGACGAAAAGUGUCUCCAUUAACUGACAUACGUGUUUUCGCCUCCCUCGGAGCGUUGGUGUGUUUAGUGAAAGUGGCUAGGCCAAAAAAUCCAACUAACUACCCAAUCUCAUCUAUUAUUCAUAUCAUCAUGUAGCAGAGACCAAGUGUACUUGACUGACUGGACUGCGUUACUCUCUUGCUGCUUAUUAAGUUUGUUGUGUAUUAGCUAAACAAAAGAAAUGAACGCCUUGUUAAAAUGCUUCUCGUUAUAAUAACUUCUAGGUGUGUUAUGUAGUGGGGAAGAGUUUGUUUUAGUUGAAUUCGGAGAUUUAGAAACUUCAUGUUGGUUAGAUAAGGGAUAUCGAUGACAGGAUGUUUUCUCCUACAGUGUCUUGAUUGAAUACAUUGAGAAAGAUUGGAAGGCUUCAUAUUGCUUAAAGAUCUCCCUGUACAACUCUUUCUUGGUAUGCACGUAUUUGCUUGGCUUCUUGCCUGUCUUUUACUAAAGUUGGGAACAAAGUUUACUCAGAGAUAUUAACAGUGGAAAAGUUAUGUUAUCUUGCCAUGCUAAACCAUAUGUGGUUGUGUCAUGCUCAUAAUGGGCUACUUUAUGCUAGUUAUAAGAGUAUUUUUGCUUCAAUGAUUUUAUGAAUUCCAGAAGCCGACCGUAUUUGCAACUGAAUGCACGUUGGCCUUGUUUCCCAAGGAAUGCCUCGGUAUCCACCUCCUUAUGGAACUAUGGUUCGUCCUUCAUUUCCUCCGCGCCCACCUGGAUCUGUUAAUGUGCUUCCAGCUGUAUCACGCCCUCCUGUUGCCGGGAUCCCUCCUGUUCGCCCUGUCAUUCCCCCUGUGGUUAGACCAGUAGUUGCUCCUAGUAUUACACCUGCAGAUAAACCUCAAACUACUGUUUAUAUUGGAAAGAUUGCAUCAACAGUGGAAAAUGAAUUUAUGCUUUCACUACUUCAGUUAUGUGGACCUAUCAAGAGUUGGAAACGUCCUCAAAAUCCAACGAAUGGAACUCCUUUAAGCUUUGGAUUUUGGGAGUUUGAGUCUGCUGAAGGUGUUCUCCGUGCAUUGCGUCUGCUUAAUAAAUUGAAUAUUGAUGGGCAAGAAUUAACGGUCAAUCCUAAUGACGCUACAAAAGAAUACCUGGAGAAGUAUGUUAAGAAGAAAAAUGAGAACUUGCAAAAGGAUACUCAAGCUGUCGGAUCUGAGAAAGAUGAUGAGAGUGCCCAACCUUUGAAUGCAAAAGAGGAUGGAAAGCCUGAUGACUCAAAGAAAGAGGACAGUAAGUCAGGGAACAAGGAAAAUCAUGUGACAAGUCUCAGUAUGAUUACUAAUGAAGACAGGGAAGCUGAUAGAGAGGCCUUGGAGAAGAUCACAAACAUGAUAGAGGAGAGACUGAAGACAAGGCCUUUACCUCCACCUCCUGCACAGGCAGCUCCUGAUGGCCCUGCUAACUCAGCUUUGGAACAACUUGCAAAAGCAAGAGAUGGAGACUCUGAUGCAGAUGCAGUGAAUAAUGAAGCAGGUGAUGAUGACAAGGAGACAAAUAGUGAGCACAAAGUAACUAGCGAACAUGAUAGGCCCGAGACCCCUGAUAGAAGGCACGAUAGGAGGAGCAGAGAAAGAGACCGGGAUAGAGAACUAAAACGAGAAAAGGAUAGGGAACUUGAAAGAUAUGAAAGAGACGCAGAGCGGGAACGCAUUAGGAAAGAGAGGGAACAAAGGAGGAGGAUUGAGGAGGCUGAGCGCCAGUAUGAAUCAUGCCUGAAGGACUGGGAGUAUAGAGAGAGAGAGAGAGAGAAAGAACGCCAAUAUGAGAAGGAGAAGGAGAAAGAACGGGAGCGCAAACGUAGAAAGGAGAUACUUUAUGAUGAAGAGGAUGAGGAUGAAGAUUCAAGGAAGAGGUGGCGCAGAAGUGUGUUAGAUGAGAAACGAAAGAAAAGAUUGCGGGAAAAGGAAGAGGACCUGGCUGACAGACAGAAGGAAGAGGAAGAAAUUGCUGAGGCCAAGAGGAGGGCUGAGGAGGAUCAACAGCUGAAGCAGCAGAGAGAUGCACUAAGGCUAUUUUCUGAGCACUUGAAUGGUGGUGAAAAAAUUAUGGCUACUGAAGAUAUUACUAAUCAAGCCAAAAAUCUUGUUACUGAACAGGACACACUAGCUGACCAUGGUUCUGAAGGCCAUACAGGUGAAAAUGGCAUCAGUGACGAAUCAACCAUGGCGUCAGUUACUGUUUCUGAUACACGACAGAGUGGCAAUGCCCCUGCUAAGAAGUUGGGUUUUGGUUUGGUUGGAUCUGGGAAAAGAACUACUGUUCCUUCUGUGUUCCAUGAGGAGGAGGAUGAUGAUGCGCACAAGGAUAAAAAGAUGAGGCCUCUGGUUCCAAUUGACUACUCAACUGAAGAACUGCAGGCUGUUCAACCAACUGCUUCUGGGGUGGGGGGCCCACCCCCAAAUUUGGCUGCAGCUGCAGAAUUUGCCAAGCGUUUAUCCAAUGCGAAUAUCAAGGAAGAGAAGGCAGAUGGAGAGUGGGAUAGAAGUAGGCGUUCUAAUGAGAAGUCUAACUACCGAGAUAGGGAUAGGAAUGAUGAUGUCUCUCACAACAAAGAUGAAAGCAGGGAAAAGAUUUCCGAUCGUGACAGGGAUCGAGAUCGUGGGUUGGAGAAACUGAAGACGUCAGAUAAUAAAAAGCUAUUAGAUGCGAAACAGUUGAUUGAUAUGAUACCAAAGACCAAAGAUGAGCUCUUCUCAUAUGAGAUAAAUUGGGCAGUGUAUGACAAGCACCAGCUGCAUGAAAGAAUGAGACCAUGGAUAUCAAAGAAGAUCACGGAGUUCUUGGGGGAAGAAGAAACGACAUUGGUAGAUUACAUAGUCUCAAGUACACAGGAACAUGUGAAAGCAUCCCAGAUGCUGGAGCUGCUUCAAUCCAUUUUAGAUGAAGAAGCUGAAAUGUUCGUUCUCAAGAUGUGGAGGAUGCUUAUUUUUGAAAUAAAGAAGGUAGAGACAGGCCUUGCCUUGAGGUCAAAUUCUUGAUUCUAUGAUUUCCCCCCUUUUUAAUCAUAUGUUUUACUUUUCUUCUGGACUGAGAAUUUUUUCCCACCAUGCCCUCAGUUGGCUAUGUCUUAACCCAAAAGUGUACAUUGGAAUGCCUGAUCAUCGUAUUAAUGCAAAAUCCUAUUGAGUAUUGGCUCAAGAUUCCAUCGCAUGUCUAGACUGCUCUUAUUUUGCAAUGGCAAUGAUUUUUAGCCA